AGCUCAGAUGAACGCGAGAACAUUGCGGACACGCGCUCCGAGCACACGCGCGCUCAGCAUCUCUGUCCCGUCCCACCGGACAGCUGCGGAAAUUAAAAAACAUUACACUCGUGUCCGGCAACAUUCUGUUUUAUGUGUCACAAUCCAGAGGAGAGGACAAGGACCAGAGCUGACACUGAAAGAGGUCAUUUCUAAUAUCCCGGCAACAAAAGAAAGGCAGAAAUCGUAGUGUCCUGACGGGCUCCGAUCAACACAAGGACUCCGCAUUAUUUUACCUUCGGCUAUGACAUCACACUAGACCUAUCCAAGCCCCCCCACACACAGAGUCCAUCAUGUCUGCCCCUGGCACUCGAGACGGCGGCGGCACUGGCAUCGGGGGAAUCUACGAGCUCCUUGGCCGCACCUUGGGCCGCGGGCACUUCGCCGUGGUACACCUGGCCCGCCACAUCCCCACCGGCCAGCGGGUGGCGCUCAAGGAGAUCGACAAGCAGCGCGUGGAGGGCGCCGAGCCCGAGGGGGCCGGUCGCCUGCUCCAGGAAGUGAGCUGCAUGAAGCUGCUCCGCCAUCCGGGCGUGGUGCGCCUCUACGAGGUCAUCGACACGCCCACCAAGCUCUACCUGGUACUGGAGCUGGCCGAGGGUGGCGACCUCUACGACCUCAUCCUGCGGCACGAGGCCGGCUUGGGCGAGGCUGGCGCCCGGCCGCUGUUCGCCCAGGUGGUACGCGCCAUCGCCUACUGCCACCGCAUGCACGUGGUUCACCGCGACCUCAAGCCCGAGAACCUGCUGCUCUUCCCCAAGCAGGGGGCACUCAAGCUUACGGACUUUGGCUUCAGCAAGCGCUUCCACCCGGGGACCAAACUCACCACCAGCUGCGGAUCGCUGGCCUACUCCGCCCCCGAAGUGCUGCUGGGAGAGGAGUACCAUGCACCUGCUGUGGAUAUUUGGUCUUUAGGUGUAAUUCUCUACAUGCUGGUUUGUGGUGUGAGUCCAUUCCAGGAGGCCAAUGACAGCGAGACGCUCACCAGGAUCAUGGAUUGCAGCUACACUGUCCCCUCACACAUCUCCGCUGACUGCAGAGAUCUGAUCUCUCUCAUGCUACAGAGGGAUGCUUGUUGCCGGGCGACCCUUGAGGAGAUUGAGGGGCACCGGUGGCUACAAGGAGUUGUUCUGCCUCCUCAAAGCGUCAUGGCAACGAACCCGGCGAUAGCCCCGGUGACCCCACACAGCCUCAUGGCCUCAGAGCACGAUGCGAUCCUGCAGAGCAUGAGACACGUCGCCAGCGCUGCACACAUCACAGAGGCAUUGGAUGCGGACAGGUACGACCACAUCACAGCUACCUACUACCUCCUGGCCGAGCGCAUUCUGAGGGAAAGACAGCAGGACACAGAGACACAGACACGUAGCAUAUCCGAGCCUUUGACUGUUAUCAUGCCAGAUGACCCUGCGACCUUGCUCACCUCCUGUAAUCGGCAUGGCGUAUCCGAAUCCGGUGACCUCUCGAACCCGAGGGUCCCGUCACUGCAACAAUGUCACAUCAGUGACACUAAGCUCAGCCAAUAUGGUGCAGGACCACCGGCAGAACACAACAUUUGUCCCACCUCUCCCGACGAGCCUCAGCCAAUCAAGAAUGUGCAUGCCCUGCAGCAGAUCUGUGAGGAAGAGGAAGAAGAGGAAGAUGAAAAUGACAGCGGCAUGUAUCUUACACACACACAACACGCACAAGAGCUGCCACACACCCAGGCAGCAAUGGUCUCUCACUCUCCGACACCCCCCACCCAUGAGAAACCCAGUGACCCAACCGUGGAGGAGAGAGGACAGAAUAUAGUGAAGCCCAAUCACACACACGAAACCAAAGCAAACGACACGCCUGCCGCUGACAGAGCACACACGCACCAAGAUGAUGAUUCGCUCUCACCUGAGUCUGGCACAGGUGCCCAGGUGCAGCCGCAGAGAGAGGUGGAGCUUAAGCAUGAGGCGGAGUCUGGCAGCAGAGCUCCAGAGCUGCCGGAGAAGAACAAUAACACGCCCCUUCCGUACAAGCCACUCCCCUCACCACGCCCCGCACACAAGAACCACUGUGUGGAGGAGGGCCCGGAUGCCGUGGAGUCGGGCCGCACGUCCGUCAGCCCCGAGGCCGAGAGGGUGGAGGACGACGAGCUGCACACCGACCGGCGCUUGGCCAAUCCGAAGCCCAGUGAUUCCCGGCGGAGCAGCGGCAAGGAGGUGGGACCUGAGCUGUGGGCCAAGGGGCGUGGCGUGAGGUUGCGUGAGCGGCUGCUGCAGUUCCCGCUGUGCGAGAAGGCCUUGUCGCUCAACAUCAACCCCGCCCCCAAAGAGAAGCUGCUACCCUUCGCGCAGUACAACUGCUGUCAUGUACUGUGAUGACACCCACGCCCAUACCAUAAUUAUCGCCUGUCCAAUCCGGAUGCGGAUCUGAUGUCAGAUCGUACCCUGACCUGAUGCAUAUCUGAGACCCUCCACAAAGAUGACCUCUCCUCUUCUCACUUCAGCUGCUGGCACUUCCUAUCUCUCUCACCUUUCCCGAAAAUGAAAGCACCUCACUACUCUGAGCAGAGGUCCUACACUUCCUCAACUAUAUUAGCACCCAGGCUAGUCUGUAUAUAAGGCCUGUCACGCCACUGCUACCCAUAAUUAGCCUACCUGCAGUCUCCUAUAAAUGAGACAUCUCACUCUGCGCUGCUAUGUACAUAGGCCUAUUACAGUGGUAUAUCUGAAAAGAGAUGAAUUGUCCAUAGUUGCAUUGUGUAUGGUUUAUUUAAGACAAAUGUGUAACCCUGUUUUUGUGGCUAGAAGCAUGACAAUGCCUAGCACUGGAAAUUAGCUACAGAGGGAGUGUGUAAAUACAAAUUCGAAGCUCAGAGAGAUUCAUUAUCAAGUAAUGUGCUAAUGCUAAUAUUUGUUGAGCGUGUGUGCUAAUGCUAGCUGAUAGCCUUGCAUCGGUUUUGAAGUGUGCUGAUAACCUAUAACAAUGUAAGCUCAGAGUAAUGCAGUGUGUGGGGGGAGCUAAGUGAACUAAUGCUAAUAUUAGCUCAGAGCAGUGUGUUGAUUAAGGAAUGUGCUAAAGCUUCUGCAGAGCAGUGGACUAACGAGAAAGUGUUGCAUCCAGUGCUAAUAAAGCUAAGAGCCAGCUAACCCUAUAGGGGGCAGUGUGGAGCAGCAGUGGUAUCACCCACACCUGCCCCCAAGUUGGUCAGGGUUCGAUACCCAAAAAGUGGUAACAGAGUCCCUGUUGCUUUGGCUGAAAGGGUCUGCUUAAUCCCUCUCGCUUUACUUUACUUAGAUGUAGCCUAGCUGACUAUUAGCAGAAUCACUCUGUCCAGACAGUGAUGUAAGCCGCUGAUGUUAAAGUGGUGGUGCGGCUUUACCUCAGUCUUCCAGUGUCCCCAUCUGCUAUAGCCUACAUUUAUUUUUUCUUACUGAAAUUCAUAUACUAAAACAAACGUUAGCACUCAAGAAAAGGUUACUGUAGUAUAGAAGUCAAAUGUAAGAUGACUCCUAUCUGUAAAAAAAACAUGCAAGAUUUGUGAAAUAAGUCUUACAGAAGAAAAACACUGUAAUAAUGUAUAUACUUUGUUAUUACCAUGUGUUACUUGUAUUUUAUACAGUAUCAUUCAUCUAUAUACAAGACCAGUUCUACACUCAGCUGUGCUGGUUAUCAGAGGUGCUGUCCCUUGGGAAAGAUUGAUAGGUGCUCUGUCUUAAGCUCUGAACAUUCUUGGUUCUAAUGGUUUUGUGGACCCAGUGUUGGGACCUACAAGGUCACCAGGAUGGCAUAUUUGUAAUGUGGUCACUUCUCAAUAGAAUAGACUAGAAGGAUGACCAGCAGAUUUCGGCGUGUGUGACAGAAAGAUCCUCUAUAGGUCUGAAUUGUGCUCUGUAGCACUCUCUGGUGGCUAUCAUGACCUCACCUACACUGAACUAAGCACCAUAAUCCGAGUUCAUAUGAACCUCCUCUCCCUGAGUCAUCAGUGUGACUUAGCUGAGUUUUGUCAAGCGCCACCUUGUGGAAGAGAAGCUCAACAACAGCGAGGUUAUUAUCCCUUUCUCACAAUACAGCCCCCACCACCACAUACUGUAAACACCCUGUGUUUGUUUUCAGAUUAGGAUUUCAUAUUAACUGUCUCUCUGUGUGUAGUUUAGGGUUAGGCUAAUUCGAGAUCCUAGGCAGUCACUAUCAGCACUGCUGCCCUUGAUUGAACCCACACUACACCGGUGUAUGCUUGUGUGUGUGUGUGUGUGUGUGUGUGUUUCUAUUUUUCCUGUUCACACUCACUGAUGUCAUGUUUGGUUUAGAGUUCUCUGUCCUGCUGCUGUUCCCAUGACCCCAAAAGCACACCUCUGUCUCAGAGACCAUUUAUUUUUAUAUUUGCCUAAUAAAAGAUGAGGAAAGAACAACA